UUCACUCCUCAUCCGUAGCUCUUAGAGUAUUCUCCCUUGACAGAGAGAGAUACAUACGUAGACAAGAAGAGAGUCGAAGAGAAAGAGGCACUCUUUAAAAGGACUUUAGGAGCCAUGUUAUUAUCUUCAUCACUCUUCCUCUACCUUCUUACUUUUUAACGAGAUUAACAUUUCCUGUAUGCCUCUAGCAGACUUUCUGGGACUUUAAGACAGACUCCCUAUCCACCCGUUCCGCUUCCAACCCACCCAGUCUGGAUUUGGGGAGUGAGCGGGCGGUAGGCGGGUGCCUCGGGGCGCCCAGCCCGUGUGUGUGGGCGCGACGGAGGUGGAGUGGGCGCGGGGGAACUGGAGCGCCGAGGGCGCGGCCGGGGCUCCAGAGGGCGAGGAGGCCGGGUCGGGGUCCGAAGUCGGGGCUGCAGGGUCUGGGCAUGGUGGCGGCGGCGCCAUGCUGAACAUGGUGUGGGAGACUGAGGGGCUGCAGACGGUGGGCAUCGUGGUGCUGGUGUGUGCCUCGCUCAAACUGCUGCACCUGCUGGGGCUCAUCAACUUCUCCGAGGACAGCGUGGAAGAUGAGUUGGAGCUGUCCGCCGUCCGCCAUCGCCCCGAGGGUCUGGAGCAACUGGAGGCUUUGACCCGAUUCAACCGCAAGGAGCUGCAGAUCCUCUACCGAGGCUUCAAGAACGAGUGCCCUAGUGGUGUGGUCAACGAAGACACCUUCAAAGACAUCUACUCCCAGUUCUUUCCACAGGGAGACGCUUCAACAUAUGCACAUUUUCUGUUCAACGCGUUUGACACGGAUAAAGAUGGAUCUGUGAGUUUUGAGGACUUUGUAAUGGGCCUCUCUAUCCUGCUCCGAGGCUCAGUCCAGGAGAAGCUCAACUGGGCCUUUAAUCUGUAUGAUAUUAAUAAGGAUGGCUAUAUUACUAAGGAGGAAAUGCUCGACAUCAUGAAGGCCAUCUAUGACAUGAUGGGGAAAUGCACAUAUCCCCUACUCAAAGACGAUACGCCUCGGCAACACGUGGAGAUAUUUUUUCAGAAGAUGGAUAAAAACAAGGAUGGAGUUGUAACCAUAGAUGAGUUUAUUGACUGCUGCCAAAAUGAUGAGAACAUCAUGAGAUCGAUGCAGCUCUUUGAUAACGUCAUUUAACUUGUGGCUGACGUGGAGAGCUCUGGACCGGACUAUCGACAGACGCCAUUCUAUCAACUGUACGCUGUUCAGACAAACAUAAGGAAGUAUUGUCACACAGCAAAUACAGUAUAGAUGUAACGGUAUGAAACAUUCUGGAAUAACUGCAAAAAAAAGCAUUGAUGUUUUCCAAUCCUACCUUUUCAAUUUGAGUUUUGUGGUUUGAUUGAGUAAAUUGAACUCUUCAAACCUGUGUACAAAGAUGCCUCGAUCGUAACAGCUGUGCCGCAGUCAGUAUUUAUCUGCAGUACAGGAAACCCAGCUGUGUUAGAUUUUGCCACUGCCUUUGAACAGAUGGACAACAACGAGUUUGAAAGGUGAGCGGUUUUUCACCCACCAUGGUCCAUCCUUUGCUCUCCCAGGACCCAGAUAAAAUAUAGACUUAACAUUGUACCAUUUCAAAAAAUAUGUAUAUACUAUCUGAGAACUGUUCAACUUUGUUCAUGUUUACUUGCCAACUAGAAUGAGACGAUGCACUCCACAUUGCAUUUGAUGAGUCUGGACAGUAUCCUUAGAAGCACACAGGUUGGUGUUACUUACCUUGAGUCUACGCAUAGGAGAAAUGACCAUCUUGUCACAAGAUUAUGCUGCUUCUAAAUGUAUUUUGUGACCCUACAUGUGUGUAUUUCCCUGUUUUGAGAUGUUUCCUGUCGACAUGUUUCCAUUCAUGUUUCGAAUCACUAUUUUGUGGUAUGUUUGAUUUUAUUUAUAUAAUAUGGUAGUCAGUGUACAAAGGGAUAGUCAGAUGUUCAGUAUUAAGCAGAAGCUAACUCUUGGGGUGAAUUUACAGUCUUCUUGGGUAUGUAAUGUAUAUUGAUCACUGUCUUAUAAAGAGGAUCACUGGGAUGAAAUUAUACAAGCUAAUCUGAUCUCUGUCACCUUUAGUUUUGUAAAUAUAUAUCCCUGUCCAGAAACAACCCCUAGCCCCAACUUUCUAGGCGAUUGCAGAGAUAUGGGAAGAUUGGACAGGUGUAAUCAAUAUGGCGAUAAUUCCACUCGGCCUGUCAGAAGGCAAGGUGGAGCCAUAACCUACUUCACUUUGUAUCUAUCCAUACCUUUCAAGCCUUGUUCACACUGCUCAAAUCAGUUUUGUUUUUAAAAUCCAUUUUGGAACAUUGACUGUCUAAACAGUAGGUUACAAGUGACAAUCGGAUUUGUGUGUUCCGACAGCAGUCAUUUGCUGGUUGUCAUAGUAAUGACGGGUGUGUGCACAGUGGUGUAGGCUGAUUGGUGGUGGGGCUCAUGCUUCUCAGAAAUUAUGUGGCAAUUAAGGGGACAACAAUGUCUGCCAUGGAAGUUUCCCAGUUGCUUUGUUCAAACACUUUUAAGGAUAAGAUUAUCCAACUUUCAAAACAAGUGGUAGCUGUUUAGCUUUCACUAAUGUGUUUAAACAAACUAGUUACCUACUACAUGUUCUUGUCAAACUGGCAACAAGCUAGCAAGCAACAAUAUAUGCCAACUAAGUCUAAAAACCACACGAGGGAAAUCAUAUUUGACCGUUCAACCCAAUUAGAAUGGCCAGGAAUCAAACCACCUACAAGUGUAUUAAGGGUCUAGAUUUUGUUGCUGGAUAGAGGUUGCUUCUGGAUGAGGUCUGUGUUUUCUUUCCUCUUGUUUGGGGCAUGUGUCCAGGUUCUUUGCAUAAUGAAGACUGAUUGGCCGUGGCUGUCUCUGAUUAGAGCCCUGAUAGGCCCCAAAUGUGGGCAGGCACAGAGCAUGCUGGGCAGCAGAUGGGGCCUCACCCUCCCCAAUCUCACUCACAGGUGGUUCCAAAAACCCUACUAUUUAGUCCUCAUCUAUCUAAAAGGUUGGUAUGAGCAAGGUAGUAUCUGCACAAUUCAUUUUUCUUGCCUUAAUUGGCAAUUCCUUAUGUAUCCAUUGGAAUAUGUUCUGAUGUCCAUAUGAUUAAGCAAAGUCUAGGACAAUAACUUGUGUACCUAACUUGAUCUUAUUUGACCAAUGAUUUUGUUCAGCUGGCUUAUCUCCUAAACAUAUGGGUCAAGUUAAGUAGGGCACAGAAAAGCCUGCAAUGAAAAACAAGUUCUAUUUGGACAAGUUCAGGUAUAGCUUCUACAAAUCCAAGAGUGGAAGACUCCUCUCUCUCGUCUCUAACAUGAAGGCUCACUUUUUGUGAACAGUCCCAUCACAAGUCGGAAUGUUGAAUAAAGUUCAUUUGAACGUACUUUACCUGUUGUCCGCUGAUUUUUGUCCUUUAUGUAGGAAGUCAUCUGAGACAAAAUAUCCACCGAGUAGCAUUAUUAACCCGACUUUCAGUACGCUGGUCUAUAUCGGUAUGUAUUUUCAAUGUUGACGCAAUUUGCAUGCAACUUGCACAAUAUGUCAACAAUGGCCGAGCUUAACCGAAGUACAGACUAAAUGUUGUCCCAAACUAAUUUCACAAGCACUUCCAGCUGAUUGCAGGGAACAGGCUUUAGUCGACUACAUUCGGUUACAUUUGGCUAUUGUUCAUAUAUUGCGCAUCACGUGAAAUGCGUCAGGAGGUGGAAAAUACAAGCGACCGAACCUACCGGUGCAGCAAAAAGUCAGGUAAACAAUACUUUCCUAUGGACAUUUGAUCGCCACUACCUUCCAGCGAAAGGACCAACAGCACGGACAACCGAUAAAGUAACCUAGUUUGUAGAGACUACUGCAUAUUUUUAACAGCGACUUUUUUUCAGACUGAUUAUCCAUGGCGUAACCAUGAUAAGUCUGAUAUUUAGGCAAGUUCAGGUACUACCUGUUUCAUCUCAAAACAUUUUCUCCUUAGUGAAUAUGUCUCUGGGAAAACAAGUUCCCUAAUGAUAAAGUGACUUAUGUCAUUCUGUUAUUCAACCUUACAUCCUAAUGUAUUUAAAUCGAUCAUUAUAGCAUGAGGGUAGUAAUUGGGUUCUAUGAUUUCUGAUUUUAUGCACUCAAACUCUGAUCUUGGAGAAUUUGAAUGCAUCAGAAAAAAGCCUGUUAAAAUGAAUCAACCAUAA